UGAUAUGGUCUUAAUUUGAACCAAAGAAUUCAACACAUUUGCUGGUGAAAGGAUGUUCUAGAUCCCUUAUUAACUCUAUUACAAUACAAAAUUAAACCAUUGAAGCCUACAAUAAAGAGGAACUCAUUUAGCAGUUCUUGCAUGCAUUUGUCUGUUUCUUAAGGACAAGAGAGAGAAAAUGAUGCACAAAAGUUUACCCCUUUUAGUUUAACAUACAAGACGUAUUAAAUGACUGAAAUUAUUUUCCCAUCUAAUCAAGCCGUGAACAGAGAAAUAUAAUGCUAAUGUUGCCAUUUGACUGUUGCAAUAUCUCUAUGUAGGGGUGGAGGGAGGAGCUUCCCUUUGGUAGGGCACCGCUGCGUACUGCCGUGGCAUCAUCGGCGCAGUGCAUAUCAUCGGCUGCACCGCUGCGGCACCUUCAUUCCCGUCAAAGUAUUUUUCGGUCGCCGGUACGGCCAUGUUCUCCCUCCGCCCUGUCUCUAUAUAUUCUUACUUCUGCUCUCCAUUCAUUGGCCUGCAGUGGAAAGAAGAAGAAGAUAACAGUGAAACAAGUUGCGAGGCAAAGAACAUUAAUUACAAAUCAAUAAUUUGCCAAGUGGAGCGUUGGAGAAUGCCUUCUUUAGGACCCACCAUCAAAUCCCUCAAACGAAAUCGAUCACUAUGCUGAUGUCACCAAUGAACCCUCGUUUGACCUAGCCGCCAUGCCCCACAGCAACCUUUUGACUCACGUGCAUUAACUCCUCAGUGGACCACAUUACCGAUCAUAUUUCAAAGUUCCCACCAAUUGCCAUGUCCAUGUAAUCUCCUCCGUCAGCCAUCUUAUGUUCAUUUCUUUCUCUUUCAGCUAAGCUUGUGUCUAUAUAUAUCCUUUGCCUUCAAAACAAAUCCUAAGACCAAAGACCACCUCACUAGCUUACAGAGUUCAAAGAAAAUUUUCCAAGUCUCUACGUACUCAUUCAAACCCAAGUUCUAGAAAUGGAUUCUUCUUCUUCUUCUUCUUCCUCUUCCUUCUUUAAUCAGUACCAAAUAAACUACCAUUCCCAUUUCUCCCCUGAUCAGUCAUCUUCUUCCUUCAGUUCCGUCGAGUCUUUCUACACCCAGCCUCUACCCUUCAACGAAAAUGACUCCGGAGAAAUGCUUCUCUUAGGAGUACUUAAUCAAGCUCCCAUUUCCUCCACCCACUACGAGGAGGUAAGCUCCAGGGGUGAUUAUCAAGAGGAGCCUGUUCAGGAAAUUGCUUACAGAGGUGUUAGAAGACGACCUUGGGGAAAAUAUGCGGCGGAAAUAAGAGACUCAACAAGAAAUGGGGUAAGAGUCUGGCUAGGAACAUUUGAUACAGCUGAAGCUGCAGCUUUAGCUUAUGAUCAAGCUGCAUUAGCCAUGAGAGGUUCAAUGGCUAUAUUAAAUUUUCCUAUGGAGAAAGUUGUCGAGUCACUUGAAGAAAUGAACUACGAAUUCAAGGAAGGUUAUUCCCCAGUUUUAGCAUUGAAGAAGAAGCAUUCGAUGAGGAGAAAAGCAGAGAGCAAUAGGAAAAAGAUCAAAGGCAAGGAAAUGAGAAUGGAAAAUAUGGUGGUGUUGGAGGAUCUCGGAGCUGACUACUUGGAGGAGCUCCUCACCAUCUCGGAGACUGCUUCUCCGUGGUGACUCCUAAAAAAAAUAUAACGUGGUAUUAAAAUUUUCUACAGAAUUAUGAGAUUUUGAACUAUUAAAAAUUUUCCCUUUUUUAGUUAGUGGUAAAAAUUUUAGAUUGUGACCUUGUAAUUGGAUAAUGUAUUAUUGUAAAAUUAAUGUUGAUGGGAUUGAUUUUGAUUGGA